AUCCAUUACUCCAAUUCUCAUAAUUACAUCUUCGAUGUAGACUAUUGAGACAGCUCUGGGUAUAGCUGCGCUUAGCUUCAUGUCCGAGACCACAUCAUCAGCGACUCCACUGCCGAAGAAGCGAAAGCUCCGGAAAGGCACCAAGAGUUGCUGGCAGUGCAAGCGACGUAAAAUACGAUGCUCAUUUGCAUCUCCACAUAGUGUGUCGUGUGAUGGUUGCACGAGUCGCCAACUGGAAUGUGUGAGCCAGCAUUAUGACGAGAGUCAGCAGAAUGUGAAUUGUAGUACUUCUGAAAGUCUCCAGUCCGAAGUCGAGUUUCAAUCCGCAUGCAGUCGUCCCAAAUCCGCUUUCGUGUCUAGAGGACAUGACCUCUCGGUCACGCUAAGUCCAAGUCUAAGUCUUACAACCAACGAGGAUUUAGGAGAAGUUUCCCAAUUUCUUAUUCAAGCGUGGCCGAAUUCAGAGGAUUUGAACCUUCUCUUGAGCAUCCCGGUGAAUCCGUUUCUGUUACUCCAUGGAGCAACUUGCAAACCAUAUCACAAAUGUGCUACUACGUUAAUGAAGGUGCAAAACAUGUUCAAGCUUCCUCUUUGCAGGAACGUUCACCCGGUAUUGGUGGCGAGAAAUUUGCUUGUUUUUGCAAUAUACCUGAAGGCGGCUACAUCUGGUGAUGCAGAAAAGCUCACUGCCUUGAGUACUAGCUGUCAUAUCCUCGCGUCUCGCUUUCUCUCCCUUGUGAGUCGUCUAGUUACGACCAAUGACGAGAUGGUUUUAUCGCUCGAAGGCGUUGAGUGCAUUAUGCUAGAGAGCAUGUUCUGGAACAAUGCUGGCAAUCUGCGAAAAGCCUGGAUAGUGAAUCGCCGGGCGAUUCUUACAGCUCAAAUGAUGGGUCUACAUGCUGGCAAGAUCUCAACCAUUCCGAUUCUUGAGCCAGAAACCCGUCAUAGAGUUGAACCAUCCUAUAUGUGGUUCCGCCUUGUGACGACAGAUCGGUAUUUAUCCUUGAUGCUCGGCCUUCCACAGGCUUCCCAUGAGGAACCGUUCGCACAUUUGGAGCAACCCGUCGAGACGGCUCCUUUAGGGAACAUGGAGCAACAGAUGACGCAAGUAGCUGGAUUCAUCAUACAGCGUAACAAUUCAAGGAAAUUUGAGAUUUCAUCAACAUUGGAAAAUGAUCAAUUGCUUCAAGAAGCUGCAGCAUUGACGAGUCCUGCAUUGUGGUCGAUUGGUAAUCUACACCGUACAGUGAUCGCAAAGAAGGGACCGUCAUUUGAGGAAACGAUUCAAAUCAUGAUAAAAUUUGCAUUCUAUCAUCUUCUCAUACAACUUCAUUUGCCAUUCAUGCUACAGCUUUCCGCGGAUACCACCGAGAACGAUUACAGCAAACUCACAGCUGCAAACGCGAGUCGCAGUGCUUUGACGAUGUUUGUCUUAUUCCACAAGUCAAAUUCUGUGUCAACUUAUUGCCGUGGUGUCGACUUCAUUGCGCUUGUAGCAAGCACAGCUCUGUGCCUUGCGCACAUGCAGCCCCGUGGUCUGGAGCGCGUAAGUCGUGGGAAUUUGAGUAGCGCAAUCCAGUCUCUGAAGCACCAACGACUUGGUGACCGUGGAUUGCUAGAGGAGGUACUCAAAAUCAUGACGGAGAAAGCGCAGUCCAAUGAGGAUGCGAUAGCUGCCAGGAUUUCCGGAAUCCUUCAACCAAUUUUGGAGGUAGGAUUUGAAGCCACGAGUUCUCAAUCGAGAGCCUGUACGCUGGACGAAAGUCAUAGUCACGAAGAUUUUGGGGCAAGUGUUGAUCAAGCAGGCGGGUUACAUAUCCAGAUCCCUCACUUAGGUACUAUCAAGAUUGCCCAAGAAGACAACGAUUCGAGACAAGAUGGAUGGAAAGAGUCUCAGUGCAUUGGAACCACAACGACCCAGUUUUAUUCUGAUGUAAGCAUUGCAGCCGAGGACAGUGCGACCUACGACAUGAACAACGCGGCAUUUCAAAGCGUUGAUAUAUCGGGUCUAGAUGGGAAUGAUCAUGGCUGGAUCCCGAAUAGCGUUGAGAUGGCAUUGUCCAAUCUUUUCACAGGCGAAUCUGCGAUUGAUCUAGAACUAGUGUAAAGCAGAGCCUCAACGCAAAACCAACGUCUUCAAAGCAC